UUCACAUUAUUUAGAAACACACUCAGUGACUCAGCGAUAGUGUGGACUAACACGUGUUGCUGAUCGAGAAUAAUUUGAUUUGCCAUUCGCCAACUUGCUAAGUUGCUUUCCUAUGAAAGACGCAAUUUCAUACCAUGGCAACACUGUGCCACUUCAUUUCAGACGAUAUUAGAAUGACUUCGGUUUAAUUGGUGUCUUCGAUUUUGAAAUGGAAGGGGAAAGCGCUAGUUCCACGAGCUUCGUUGACGCAGUUGAAAAUGAAACACCACGAGGUUUAUCCCAAUUUCAAAUCAAUCGUGAUUUUAUCGAUAGUGUGCCUAUCGAAAAUCAAUCAGAGGAAUUGAGAGCUCUAGGCAUCACUGUCUAUGAUCAAUCAAAAUUUGAAGAAGGUAUUCUUCGUCAAGUUGACGAUGCUCUCGAGGAACAAGAACGUCAAAAGAAAGCUGUUGCUGCAAAAAAGUUAUUGGUUUCUAAAGAUGUGGCCAAAGAAAAAGUGGCUGAUGUGCCUCCUAAAGUACAACAAGAAACGGAAAGGGAAAAGAUGGUCAGACUGGGUCAAAUGACACCUUUUGGAACUGUUCUUGGUAGUGAACACAAAACUGAUGGGUUAACAGGUUUCGAAAAAUACCUACUAGAACAAGAGAAACUUAGAAGUGACAAAGCAAAACUGACAUCAAAGAAAGGAAAGGCCCUAAAAAGCUCAGUUGUUCCUGUCAGACUUAGUCCUGGAGAACAUUUGGCAAAGAGAGUUACCCAUUCCCACAGAAAAACAACGAAAACUAGUUCUCAUAAGAAAAGUUCUGAUAGUGAAUAUGUUCCAAGUGAUGAAAAGUCCCCAAAAGCAAAAGCAAGCACUGUUCAGAAAAAAAGGAGGAAAAAAGAUGUGGAGGAAAAUUGCAAUACCGAUGAUAGCAAUUGGGAAUACUCUGAAGAUGAAGAUACACCAAAAAAACGGAAGACCAAAAAUACUGGGCGAGUAAUUGACGAUGGUAAUAUGGGCGACUAUCGUAAACGUUUGGCAGAAUUUUCUAAUUUACCGAUGGAAAAUGAAGAUUGUGAAGAAUUCGAAGGAGGCUAUCGAAUACCUCUAUCGAUCUGGAGUCGGCUCUAUAAUUAUCAGAAGGUUGGUGUCCGAUGGAUGUAUGAGUUGAGGUUGCAAAGGUGUGGCGGAAUUCUCGGCGAUGAAAUGGGAUUGGGAAAAACUAUUCAAGUGGUGGCAUUUCUUGCAGGAUUGGCACACAGCAAGCUUAUUACUCGUCUGUCAAGUUAUCGAGGGCUCGGGCCCGUUCUCCUCAUUACGCCGGCUACGGUAAUGCAUCAGUGGGUGAAAGAAUUCCACAAAUGGUAUCCGCCUCUCCGAGUAGCUAUAUUGCAUGAAUCUGGUUCUUAUUCGGGUUCGAGGCAUGCUCUCAUAAAGUCAAUCAAUUCAAGCAACGGAGUACUCAUUACUUCCUACACAAGCGUACCCCAAUGCUCUGAGUGUUUGUUGGGGCUUGAUUGGGACUACAUUAUCUUAGAUGAAGGACACAAGAUUCGUAAUCCGGACGCUCAAGCUACUCUCGUGGUGAAACAGUUCCGUACCAGUCACCGCUUUAUCCUUAGCGGAUCUCCUAUGCAAAAUAAUUUGAAAGAACUUUGGUCUCUUUUUGAUUUCGUCUUUCCUGGAAAAUUGGGAACCCUUCCUGUUUUUUUACAACAGUUUGCUGUUCCCAUUACACAAGGCGGGUACGCCAAUGCGUCUCAAGUGCAAGUGGCAACUGCCUACAAGUGUGCAACUGUUUUGAGGGACACUAUUAAUCCAUACCUUCUUCGCCGAAUGAAAGCUGAUGUUAAAGAUCACCUCCAGCUGCCUGAUAAAAAUGAACAAGUCCUAUUUUGCCGUUUAACCCAAGAACAACGCCAAUUGUAUCAAAAUUAUUUGGAUUCUGGAGAAAUUAAGAGUAUCAUCGAUGGACGCUUGCAGAUAUUUGUCGGUCUCACUAAUUUGCGAAAAAUUUGCAAUCAUCCGGAUUUAUUUGAUGGUGGGCCACCCGGUUGCACGAAAAAGAAUGACGAAAGCGAUCCAAAAAAACAAUUUGGGUGUGUCGAAAGAUCAGGGAAACUGCUAGUUAUUGAGUCACUCCUGAAAAUUUGGAAGGAACAGGAUCACCGCGUUUUACUCUUUUCGCAAUCAAGAAAGAUGGAACUACUAGCAUAGGCUCGCGGCAGCCCAUGAUUGAAAAGUACAACCAAUCACCCGAUAUCUUCGUCUUUCUGCUGACAACACGAGUUGGAGGUUUAGGCGUAAACUUGACAGGUGCCAACCGAGUGAUUAUCUACGAUCCAGAUUGGAAUCCGUCCACCGACAGCCAGGCUCGUGAACGUUCUUGGAGAAUCGGCCAGCAAAAAGCCGUGACCGUCUAUCGCUUA